CAAUAUGAUAUAGGCAGAGGGAAAAACCUAUAAGAGUUAAGGAGAAGAAACACAAGGAGAAGAAAAGAAGGAGGUGAAGCUCUGAAUUCUAAAACAAGAUGGGAAGUGAAGAUCGUGUGAAGCUGGUGAACUUUUGGGCGAGUCCAUUUGGCAAAAGGGUUGAAUGGGCCUUGAAACUGAAGGGUGUAAAGUAUGAGUAUAUUGAAGAAGAUGUCUACAACAUGAGCAGUCUAGUUAUGGAGUUGAACCCGGUUCACAAGAAGGUUCCGAUUCUUGUUCAUGCCCAGAAACCAAUCGCUGAGUCAUUCACCAUUCUUGAAUACAUUGAUGAAACAUGGAAGCAGUAUCCACUAUUACCUCAAGAUCCUAAUCAAAGAGCACUUGCUCGCUUUUGGGCCAAUUUCGGUGAGCAAAAGCUUAUGAGAGCAGCACGAAAAGCAAUGACAACCAGCCGGGAUGAACGCGCAAAGGCUCUUAAGGAAACGAGAGAACUAAUGGAGAGAAUAGAAGAAGAGAUUAAGGGAAAGAAAUAUUUCGGAGGGGACAAUAUAGGGUUCCUUGACAUUGCACUCGGAUGGAUCUCUUACUGGCUUCCUGUUGUGGAGGAAGUUGGAUCGAUGCACAUAAUAGACCCAUUGAAAUUUCCAGCCAUCACUUCAUGGAUGACCAAUUUUCUCAGCCACCGUGUGAUCAAAGACAAUUUGCCCCCAAGAGAUAAGAUGCUUGUUUACUACCGCAACUUGGUUAAUUAAGGUUUAGAUGGAUGUCUUUGACAAAUUAUGAAUUUAAUAAAACUACUAGCUCUUUUAACAUGCAUGCAUGUCUUCCAUAAAUUACGAUGAAUUUAUUAAAAAUUGCUCGUGUAAUAUUUUUCAUCAACAAUUAAGACUUUGUUGUUCA